GUGACAGGCAACCAAUCGGCAGUCGAGGGUCACGGGCGCAUCGGCUUUCAAAAAACGUUCCGGCCGCUCGCGCAAGUUGCAAGCGAUAUACACAGGCUUUUCAAGCGGAGCAGCGUGUUGUGGCAAAAGCGUUACGUCUGCGGCAGCAACCGUUUCUGGAGGCUGCAUCGAGGACGAAGCACGCUGGAUCCGCCACAAACGCUGACCAUGUCCGUGAACUCCUUCGUGGACGCACGUCGACGUCCGUAGUGCCAGUAGCAGCGUCCGCAGCUACCCCGGCGGCAUCUAAUCUACAAUGGCUCCACCAAAUCGCAAGAGGCGUUCGAAUGAGACGGCACAGCCGUCUGCCCCGAAACGCCGCCGGUCGGGCAACAACCUGCCGUCGCCCGGAGCACGGGUGAACGUGGCCGUGCGGGUUCGCCCGCUCAGGGAUCGAGAAGCCGAGACGUCCAGCAUCAUUCGAGUGGUCGACGACAGAUGCCUCGUCUUCGACCCCAAGGCCGAGGCGGAGCCUUUCUAUUUUCAGGGACAGCAGGUGUGCGCCCCAGGCCUGGUCAAGCCAAACAAGGACCAGACAUUCAUGUUCGAUCAGGUCUUCGAUGACACCAAGGACAAUCAGUAUGUGUUUGAGCACACCACCAAGGAUAUGCUGACCACGCUCCUUGAAGGGUGCAAUUGCUGCGUAUUUGCAUACGGUCCGACUGGUGCUGGGAAGACAUACACAAUGCUGGGCUCCGAGGAAUGCCCAGGAGUGAUCACCCUCACGGUUGGAGAGCUGUACCGGCUGGUAGAAAAGCUAAGGUCCGAAGGCCAGACAUGCGACGUGGCAGUCGCCUACAUGGAAGUAUACAAUGAGGUGGUGCGCGACCUGCUCUGCCCCAACGGGCCAACGCUGGUCGUGCGGGACGACCCGGCCAAGGGCAUCGCCAUAUCAAACCUCACCAUACACAAGGUGAAGGAGGCCGGUGCGCUAUUUCAGCUGCUUGUGAAAGGAAGCAAGAACAGGACACAGCACGCCACUGACGCCAAUGAAGUGUCAUCUCGAUCACAUGCCAUUUUCCAGGUGUACGUCACUCAGACUGAGAACGUUACGAGCACGAGCAAGGGAAUCCGAGUCUCAAAAAUGAGCUUCAUUGACCUUGCCGGCUCUGAGCGUGCUGCUGCGAUUAAUAGGAAUGUGAAGGAGCGGAUACGCGAGGGUACGAAAAUCAACCUGUCACUGCUGGCCCUUGGCAACUGCAUUGACGCCCUUUCAAAAAGUGGGCCGCAGCGAGUGCCAUAUCGGGGCUCCAAGCUCACCCACAUCCUGAAGGACUCGCUGGGUGGCACGUGCCGCACCCUCAUGAUCGCGGCAGUGACUCCUUCCAAGCUCAGCUACACGGACACGCACAACACCCUCAAGUACGCUGAGCGGGCCAUGAAGAUUGAGCUGCAGGCCAAAAAAAAUGUGCUCAAUGUGAAUGUGCACAUGACGAUGUACACCGCGCUGAUCGACGAGUACAAGCAGAAGGUGGAGGGCCUUCAGCGUAAGCUCGACACGGUGACAACUGAAAAGACCGCGCUCGAGGCCGAGGUGCAAGAGCUUAAAGACGGUCUGGCGACGAUGACGGCCAGCCGAGAUGCCCUGCUACAAGCUCGGGAAACCGGCGAUGGCGGGUGUGGGCCAGCGACGUGUAACGACGUCCUGUCCACAACUCCCGUCCUGUCGCCCAGCGUGGAGGUGAGCCCGGCCAGUGAUGGCAGGAUGAAGUACUACGUUGAUGCAGCGCAGAAGAUAUAUAGAGUGCGCGCUAAGAUCAUCAGCCAGAUCUGGGAGAACGAGGCCGUCAUCCGCAUGAGCCAGGUCAAAGAGAACUGGAAGCAGCAAGUCACAAAAACUGUCAAGGUCCUGCAGGGCUGCAGCGAAGACGCCGCGAAGGAGUCCGAGAAACUUCACCAUUUCAUGCAGUCGCAAGCAGCCAUACGCCGAGAUGCCAAAGAGAAGCUGGAGGCUCUGCACAAUGAGCGGCGGCGGAACUUCGAGUGUGGUGAGGACCUUCUUGCAGAGGCCUCUGCAGCUGGCUGCUUGGAGGCUGUGGAAGCGGAGAUAGCUGCACUGGAGCCACUGGUCGAGCAGGCCGAGACCCAGGGUCAGCAGCAGAUGUUUGCCCAGCUUGCCGAGCUGCUGGGCCAGAAGUGCAAUCACUGGGAGAGCCUCAACAGCGUCGCCAUCCCGCACCUGCGCAGUCUCUACGUCAUUCUUGAGGCGCGCAACUGCUGCAGCUCGGACCAGCGCGAUGCUUAUGCAGCCGUUGUGAAAAAGGCCAAGGGCCCUGGUGUCAAAUGGGCUGACGAGCAGGAGGAGGCGACGGACGGUCCAUUGGACAUUGCGAGUCUGCUGCACACACCCCACUGGCGGCUGGCGACCACGGUGCGGCGAAAGUCUGCCGCAUUACCGUCCGGCAACCUGGAGGAAGCAUUUGAAGACUACACGGGCGAUGCCACAUUCGUCCGGUUCCCGAAUGGCUCCCCGCAUCCGCGCCGCCACAGACGCAGUGGUAGUGCGGACAUGGCCAUCGGGUCUGCAGCGCCCAUGCCGCCAUCCUGGAGCCCGAUGCAGAUGGGCGCGGCAGACGAGACGUUUGUGAGCGACACUCCAAGGCUGAGAGUGUUCGAGCCAAUAUCCUCUCCACAGCCGUCGACAUCCAAGACUGUGACACGGCCGUUCCCCAAGUACCGUCCGUCCGGAGUGCACAAAGAGAAUUCGGCACCCCGAGGCCAUUUCGCGGCACCGAGAAGCAGCAUCAAAAGCAACCCUCGGCCCAUGGGGAGCAGAAUGCGAAAAAGCCUGAGCACGUCGAGCCUGCCCCGGCCGAUGUCGGCUGUGACUCCGACUUCUCGGACUGCGUUCCUGUUGUCCAGCAGGGGUCAGCAGCAGUCUGCAACCAGAUACCGCCAGCACCAAAACAGGCCCAACCAGUGAGGCAGUACUCGAAGCAGGGCCAACGCAGCCGACUCUCCUCUCCGUGGCCCAACCCGUGUUUUACCAGUGGCCGGAACACUUACUUUAAUGCUUUUAGUCAAUGACCAUGGAACUAUUUUUUUAACUCUUUAAUCAUUGACCCUGGUGAGUGUUCGGCCAAAGGGCAGUGAAGUUUUGGAAGGAAAAGCCACUACCGCUACCACCCAUCUGACCCGCGAGACUGUGUCGUGGUUUCCAGCCUGCACGAGAUGCUUGUCGUGCGCUGUGUGCUUUCGAAACUGUCUUGUUUGUCUGAACUGUGCUUCCUGCGAGAAGGGCCCACUCUUCCAGUAGCAAGUUCGAGCAAUGUGUUUCCAGGCUUCCUGCAGGCCCUCCAGCUGUUUGUGGCAGGAAGACGGAACACCCUUGUAGCGGCCAUUCCUCCACUGUAGUGGUCUUGGAAUUUCUGUGACUUGCAGUGCGAUUUUGCCUGGCCUGAAUAGCGUCCCCACGCUUUUAUUUGCAGUUUGGGUGCUCCGGACUUGUGCAGCCUAGACUGCAAUUGUUGGCGUUCGUGCGCGCAGUUCUCUCGUCGGCGAGCUUGGCAACUUUUGAGAUUAGUGGACGUGAACAACUCUUCUAAUUUGGAAUGGCUAGGGAGCGCUUGCUUUUUACUUUUGCAGCAAAAUUCUUAACCUUUUAAGCUUUCGGCAGCUUUUAGUUUUGACCAUUUAAUCUUUUGACCAAGUGAAUGUUUUGCCUGGCUCACUUCUACUUGUUCUAAAGUGGAAGUGCACUAUUGUCAGUGUUUUCUUCAAAACAGUCGCAAAGGGAAACCUCUCUGUUGCUGUGGGUUGCUUCAUUUGCUUUGUUGCAUUUAUUUCAGUCCUCUUGGCCCGAUUCUUAAAGCAUGUCAUGGUGCCUUCUAAAUGACAUUAUGCUUCUGUUGAGGUGUUUAGAUGCAUUGUGCGGCCUUUCUGUGUUCACCAAUUAUAUCCAAUGCCUGAGCCUGUAUGAAUAGUUCGAACUGUGCAGCAACUUAAUUUAUACAGCAGUUGUACUCUUCAGCAGGCUCUUUGCUAACCAGCUGGAUGCCAUUCCUCUUGCGAAAGGCCCGAUUACAAUCCACUUCAAUAAAGAAUGUGUGUAUGUCCAUGGAUGGACACUAAACCAAA